UCCUUCGAGCCGGAUAUCUGGAACCGAGGACAUUUUUUGGAGACAAGUGGUCACUGGAGACCACCCGCCGUACUCGCAGUGGAUUGCUGCAGAAACCGAGUACGUAGCACCGACGGAAGGCGCCGGCAGAGGGCGCCAUCGGCGCUAGCAGCGGACUGAUGACAAGUGACAGCAGAGGACAUCAACCACAGAUCAACAAGGACAGGAGUUCAAAUCACAUUGACAGCUGUCAAUGUGACACGUGAGUGCAAAAGUGUCAAGUGUCAAAAGUGACGUUUCAAAUUUAAUACUAAUAGUUAAAGUAAAUUGAACCUUAUUUCUUUAGUGAAAAUAACUUUAAAAUUUCAAUAUUGGAAAUAGACUUUGGAAGAUAAAUUAGAGUAAUUUGUUAAAGUAACUUAGAAUUAAUUGCAUGUUAAUUAAGACUUAGAAUAAGUUCAUUAAAAACGAGGGAACGGGGAACCUAUGCCCGAUUUCCGCCAGAGUUAACUAAGUGUAAAACACUUGUAAAAUUUUUAAGAAAAAAUAUUAACUUAGAAGAUUUUUGGUAGCAAAAAGACUUGUAAUUUUUUGUGAUUUGAAAUUGGAACAUAGAAUUAUUUUGGUUAUUAGAACAUUUUGUUGAAUUUAGUGAUAUUGUGAAAUACACUUUGUUGCUUGUUUAUAGAACGUCAUAGAAAUUUAGUUUGAGAUUAUUUUAAGUUUAUUUUUUGGUUUAACUUUACUUAUAAUUUAAAUAAUUUGCAGGAUUCAUUGAUUUAUUAGUUCAACCAUGGAAGGUCUAUUAAAUGUACAAUAUGAGUUACAUAAUAUAAUUAAAAAGGGGUUUUCCAAUUUUAAGAAAACACCAAAGGACAGACUAAAUUUCGAGUAUAUAGAAGUUAAAUCAGAGAAUUUAGAACAUGAUUGGUUAAGUUUUAGAUCGAAUAACAUAAAAUUGUAUCAAAUAUCAGAACCAGAUGGUUUAUCUAGUACACAAUAUGUCAAAAAUGAAAUGUAUGAAUCCACUGAAGAUAUUUAUUUGCUAUAUAAAUCAUUAAUAAAAAAACUACUGAAUCAGUAUUCUAAAGAACAACCUAGUAAGGAAAAAACUAUUGUAUCAGGUCAACAGCAAGAUUCGUGGGUAAAAUUACCAAAAAUUACCAUUCCCACAUUUUCUGGUAAUUAUUCGGAAUGGACCACAUUUAGAGACUUAUUUUUGGCCCUAAUUCACAAUAACGAGACUUUAGAUAGUGUACAAAAGCUACACUAUUUAAAGUCUCACUUAACGGAUGAGGCCGAACAACUAAUUCGGCACACUCCGAUUACGGGAGCAAAUUAUGGCCAAUGUUGGUCACUAUUAGAGCAACGAUAUAAUAAUAGGAAAUUCUUGGCAAACAAUAUUUUAAAACGAUUAUUUGGUAUUAAACAUAUAAAUUUGGAAUCAGCGUCAGGUCUAAAAGUACUAAUAGACACCACUAUAGACUGUUUAAAUGCAUUAAAAAAUAUUGAUAUUGAUGUGAGCACAUGGGAUAUUAUUAUCAUUCAUAUAGUCAGUUUUAAAUUAGAUCAAGAGACUCGAAAGCAGUGGGAGCUACAUAUUUCGAGCUCAGUAGAUUUGAAUAAUUUGCCAACUCUAGAUCAGUUCAAAUGUUUUAUUGAGAAUCGGUUUCGUGCACUAGAAUUCGUAGAGUCAAGAAAAUCUUCAGUACAGCGGACCAGUGGUAACAGCUCCAGACCAAAGACUUUUGUUGUGACGAAUGAGUCAGAUAAACGUCGUUGUGAAUUUUGCUCAGGUAGUCAUAAAUUGUGUUUCUGUAAAAAAUUUGCAAGUGAAGAUGUAGAAAAACGACGCGACUUUGUAGCAAAUAAUUCUAUCUGUUUUAAUUGUUUGGGUAGUAACCAUCGAGUUCAUGAGUGCAGAAAAUCUGGAACUUGCAGAAUCGACAAUUGCAGAAAACGGCAUCAUUCACUUCUGCAUCCAGAACAGGAGAGCCAGAGUAGAGCUACCAGUUCAACAGCAAGAGAACCAGUUGAGAGUGCUAGAAUUACAACUAGUGCUGAACCAAUAGUUUCCUGCUUAUCAACACAAAGAAGCUCUAAUAGCGGACAGGUUUUACUUGCAACAGCAUUAGUAAAAGCCGAGUCUGAAACUGGAGAUCAAAAUAUUAGGGCACUAAUAGAUCAAGGGUCACAAGCCUGUUUCAUAACCGAAUCAGCUGUGAAACGGUUACAGCUCAAGAAGACUGCAGUAAGCGGAACCAUAACGGGACUUGGAGGAGAUAGAGCUAUUAACUCUAAAAAUUUAGUGACUAUUAAGUUCAAAUCUAGAUUCAACAGAGGUCGUAAAAUCGAGGUAACAGCAUACGUAUUAAAAGACAUCACAUGUUAUCUGCCUGAAAAAAGAUUUAAUGAAAUAAAUUGGAUAGAACUGCAGAAUCUCAGUUUAGCUGAUCCACAUUUUAAUAGGCCUAAUAAAAUUGAGCUAUUGUUGGGAGCGAAUGUGUAUAGCCAAAUUCUGCAGGAUGGCAUUAAAAAGGAUUCAACUGGCACUCUUCUGGCACAAAAUACCAGUUUAGGUUGGAUUCUGACAGGCAAGGUGACAUGUCAAAACCAGUUCAAUAGUAAUAGUCUGGAAAAUAUAUCGGUCUUACAAACUGAUAUAUUGAAAAGAGUAUAGAAGAAGUUGAGAUGUCAAAACUAGUUCAAUAAUAACAGCUUAGAAAGUAUAUCGGUCUUACAAACUGAUAUAUCAAAAAGUAAAUAGAAGAAAAUUAUAGUACAAAAGUAUGCUGACAGAGGAAGAGCUGAAACGAAAAAUUAUAUUAAAUAAAAUUAUUAAAUAUAAUAAAUAUUUAAAACACAACAAAAUAAAAAAGUUAACAGGAUAUCAAAGUCAAACAGAACAACAAGAUCAAUCAAGACAACAAAAUCAAACAGAACAACAAGGUCAAACAGGACAACAAGGUCAAACAGAAAACAAGGACAAAGAUAGAUUAGUUAUACAGUCUCACUAGGAAAACAGGUCAACAAGGAAGAACCGGACAACAAGGUCUAACAGGACAACAAGGUCAAACAGGACAACAAGGUCAAACAGGACAACAAAGUCAAAAAGGACAAAAGGUCAAACAGGACAACAAGGUCAAACAGGACAAUUAACAAGGUCAAACAGGACAAGACUUCAAGAUCAAAUAGGACAGGAAUACUACUUAGGACAACAGCAAGGACAAACAGGGCAAACAUAUACAGGACAAAAAUAACCAAAAGAUCAAAGGAUAAAGGACAAUGAAAAGUUUUAGAAGAAAAGGGAAAAAACAGUAUGUAAAGGAAAAUAAAAUAAAGAUUACUUACCUUAGACAGAAGUGAAGAUCAUUUAACUUACUCGGUGAAUCUGCCGGAGAUAUCAUCCGGAUCUGAAACAAAAUUAUCAAUAUUAUUAGUUACAUCAUAUCUGUACAAUCUACUAGGAUGUUAGGAAGUUAUAAAAGCAAAAUUAAUCAUUAAAAUCUAUAGCUAGCAAGGUUAGUUAGACAAGCUAUUUUUUGAAAGAACUACAAAAUUAAUGGUUCACUUACUUUAGAGAAUUAGAACAACUUACUGCAGGACACGUCCUCGACGGUUGAGUGAUCCAGUGAUAAAUGUUACAACUGAAUAAAUAUACGGAUUUUAGAAUACUUUUCAACUAGCAUGUGUAACCGUGGUUUAUUCAUAUUUAAUGGUGUCUUCAACGAAAAUCGAAGGAAACGAAGUUUGUGGCACAACGCUGGUGGCUAGACUUUAAUUGAGAUACUACAGUCGUAGAUGUACAAAAAGGACAACAUUCGAACGUGGACUAAUUCCGCUAUUGUUCUCGUCUGGCUAAAUACCUAAAUAGUUAAUUUGACAGUUUCAAUUUCGAGAUCAUAGGUCGAGGAAUCUCAUAUAAAAUGCCAAAGGUAGAAAAGGUUAAGUCGGAAGCAGCAAUUAGGUCACUUGUCGAUACAUUUUCAGAAAACAUCCUACCAAAAGGUUUUAUCUUCUAAAUUGGAGAUUUACUUACUUCAAUUGGAGAGCCUCUGGUAGCUGUACUGGAGAGCAACCUAAUGUGGAACGUAAUCUUUAAACGAGAUGGCAAUUUAUUCAAAGAGUGAUUUACUCAAAGCUUUAAAAGUCCUCUCUUACAAAGAGGACCUGCCUCCUGGCAGGUGGUUAAUAGGUCAAAUUGUGGAAAAGCACCCAAGUGCUGAUAGUAUAACCUGUGUGAUCGCUAUCAAGGCGAAAAAUACUACUUUCAAAAGGUCUAAAAUUAAUGUAAUGUAAAAUUCAUGGUAAAAUAAAAUAAAAGGAAAGUUCAAAGUCAACUAUUUGAUAGCUUUUAUAUAACGGUACAGUUUUGUCAUAGAUCAAUUUUAAGUUCAUUUAUAAUUUAGCAUUUUAGUUCAUUUUUUUAAAGUUCAAAUUCAUUUUAUUCUUUAGUAUUCUAAUCAAACUAAAAUUUAAGUGUAAGUUUCAGAGUUAAAUAAAAUCAAUGUUUAAAUUCAAAGUAAAUAAUUGAUGCUUUGAUGGUUGUAUAUUUAAUUCAUAGAUCAAUUUAGAUUAGUUUGUAAUUUAGUUCAUAUUUACAGUUGAAAUUUGUGUUAUAAUUUACUAUUCAAUUUAAAAUAAAUAAUUGAUAGUUGUUACAUUGUUGUGGAUUUUAGUUCAUAGAUCAAUUUUAAUUUAACUUUAUAAUCUUAUAGAGUCCAUAGAUACAUUUUAAGUUCAUUUUAUAAUUUAUUGUUAAGUAGAGUUCAUAUUUCAAGUAUGAUUUGUUUAAAAGUUCAAAUUCAUUUUACAGUUUUUUAUUAAUUUUAGUUCAAAGAUCAAUGAACUUAAGCAGUUCGUUAAUUUUGUAUAAAUUUUAAAUCAUGCCAAGUAAAAUCUGAAAAAUUUUGGAAUGUAGGUCAGUAAAGUCAAACCGUGUAAACUUCUCACCAAGAACAUCUCAAGUGGUCACGGUGGGCGGAAUAAUGAAGGACAUUUCGCCACUAAAUGUCCUUGGUGGGCGGUAUGUUUACGUGCAGUGGCACUAGAUGGCGCCACUCACACUUUAGAUCGCGCUAUGACUUGUUCAUACUAGAGUAUAUGAGGCAAGCCAUCGGUUUGCCAAAUUGUUGGUGUUCUCAGUCAAUUGUACCUACAUUGCUUGUUUAAAUAAACCCAACACCCAUCGAGAUCAAGCCGUAGUUUCAUUUGGUGUGACCCGCGGCCCCAGUUCAAUAGUGCACGGUGGGUUUGGGUGC